UAUUUGGAGGGAACUCGCCGUGCGCGUUGGCUAAUUUGCCAAAGUAAUGAUAUGGCAACGUGACGUGUUUUUUUACGUGAUUGAUUAUUUUACGUUAUUGGGGUUUGUUUACAAUUCUAAUUAAACAUCUGUAAACUAUGAGUGUUAGUUCUGCAGCAAUUUUAAAAUCCGGCGAAGAAAUGAGUAAUAUUUUUGAGGAGAUUGAGCAGUUACUUAAACAGAAUGAGUGCUUAGACCCUCCGUCGAAAUCUUUGUCAAUCUCCACAAAUAAACUUCACAAUAUUUCAGUAAAGACAGACUCAAGGGUUGAUUUACCAAACGUUAUAAUACCAAAUGAAUCGCAGUGCCGAUCAUCUGCUCCAAUUACUCGUGCUCAUUCCGAAGACGUCACAUUAAAUUUCCUUCCAGAUUGCUGUGACAGUGAGUUUCUUACAGCAACUGAGGCACAAACUUUGCCAGAGGAUGAACUUUCAUUAUAUUCAGUUAAUCAAAAUGAAUUACAGCCAGUUAACGCGCCAUUUAUGGUACCCGGUAUAUACAAGAAAAUUGGCAAUUCACAAGUCUCUUCAAGCAAGACCAAAAAUAAAAGUUUUGCCUUAGAUGCCACCAAUGUUAUAGUAACAACAAAAACUUCUAAUGGGAAAAUUGUAUCAAGAAACCAGUUUGAAGGCCAUGGAGUAUCAGAUUUAUCAACUGAAAACCCCUCAAAAAACAAAGAUAUAGGAAGUGCAUUGAAUGAAUCGUCUAAAGCAAAUGUUCCUUCCGAUAAGUUGUUGAAAUUUGCCUACAGCAUAUACAAAACAGCAAAAAGGGAUCGGAUUAUUAUAAAUAGGGAAAAAAAUGAAGUUUCUCGAUUAUGCACUAACAACAAUCAACAAAAAGUAUAUCGUCUUUUAGGACCUGAGGAAUUUAAUCUAAUUAGCAAUAAUGAAAGUGUGCAAUUAACGCCAGCGACACAAAAUAAAACCCGAACCGUAAAGCCAAAAGUCGGCAGGCCACCAAAACGCCUUUUAGAAAAUUGUGAUAAUGAAAGACAAGGGAAGUGCUCUAAUAACCCGAAACCAAUGAAAGGCGGAAAAGAAGAUAACAUAGCUGAACUCGAAACUAAUCCUCAUACACUUCUAGUCCAUACUAGAUCAGGGCGUGUUGUGAAGCCUAGGUCGGAAUUAAGCACCAUUAGUCUAAAUAAACCGUCAGUUAUAGACCAUGUAAAAGAUUUAAUUAAUGAUUCAAAAGACAAAGAUUUUCGAAAAAACAUACAAAUUUCUUCGAUGUCUACAGAAGAGAUCGAGCUCUCAAAACCCCCGCUUAUUCCUUGUCCUGAUACGAGCAAACGGCGAGUUCCACCUGAGUCGAUUUGUCCCAAGUGUGGGAAAAUAUUUUUGGGACGACGUCUGAAACGACAUUUCGUACAACAUCCCGAUCACAUGAUUGCAAAUGCUGAUAAUAAAUCCAUUUUAGAGCAGACUCCUCACCAAGCACCUACUGAUCCAUUCGAUGCAGAUAUGACCCUCUUCCGCUAUCUCACUUUAAAACUACAAAAACCUUCACUGAACGAGGAUCAACGAGCCGACCUGUUUCUUAGCGAAUUGAAUGAUUUAGUGGAACAAUUGCAAUUGCGAAGCUCUCGGUUAAUACGGAAUACCUCAGGCCUGCACUUCAUUUGCGCACGUGCAUCACGCGUGUUGGGUAUACCAGAAGAGCAUGGUGAAGAAUUGAAGCAGCAUCACAGUAUUGCGCCAGUAGUUUCUGUUAGCACUCCCAGCUUAGACUACACGGCAAUCAGUCUUGAUGACACACUAACUGAUGAAGCAGCACAGAAGUUAAAUUUAUCUGCUGGUGGUAAGUUAUUGCCACCAUCUGAAGAAAGUCUUUUGCGCGCUGUUGGCGAUCUUGUCCAUGAUGGUAUAACCAAAUUGGUAGAUACAAAUAUAUUACAUCCACCGCGAACAGUUGUACAAUCCACUGGAGCCUCAACUCUAGUUCAGCAUUAUGAUCAUGUGAGUGACAACGCGGUGGAAGCGUUGAGCAUUAAGAGUAGUGAUGCGCCAGAAGACGGAACGCCACUUUUGGACUUGCCAGUUGAUUUCUUCAAAUUCAAAAACAAUUGAAUACGCAGAUACGUAUUAUAUUCAAAUAUAUACCUACGAUAGUCUGUAAUGAAAAUAUAGUCCGAAAAAUUUUGUCACU